CUUUGUUUUCUUGUUGACUCGCUUGCUUUCACCGCUCAACUACAACUUAGACAGAGAGAGGGAGGAGAGAGAAAUUAGAAAUAAAGGAGAAAAAUUAGGAAGUAUAGAAUUGAUGGUUUGAUCAAUUUUCGUGUUCUAUCCACCGAUUACACGGUCAUGGCAUUCUCACACACAAAAUCGCUAUCCUCUCUAGGUCUUCUCGCCGUUAUCUUUCUAUUACAGGUGUCUGGGUUCGCAUGUUUAUCCAGUUCAGAGAAGGGUGAGGCUCCGUUGUUUUCCGAUUCCCCUAAUGGAGAAACACAUUCUAGAGAAUACUGUGCAAUGUAUGAUAUUUGUGGAGAACGAAGUGAUGGGAAAGCAUUGAAUUGCCCAUAUGGUUCCCCAUCUGUGAAGCCUAACGAGUUAUUCUCUGCAAAAAUCCAAAGUUUGUGUCCGACAAUAAGUGGAAAUGUUUGUUGUACAGAGACGCAGUUUGAUACGUUGCGUGUUCAAGUUCAACAAGCAAUUCCUUUCCUUGUGGGCUGCCCAGCGUGCUUACGGAACUUCCUAAAUCUUUUCUGUGAGCUUUCCUGCUCUCCAAAUCAGAGUCUAUUUAUCAAUGUGACUUCUGUUUCUGAGAUUAAUGGGAACCUGACUGUGGAUGGCAUAGACUUCUUAAUAACUGAUACCUUUGGAGAAGGGUUGUAUAACUCAUGCAAGGAAGUAAAGUUUGGGACUAUGAAUACGCGGGCCAUCGAAUUUAUUGGUGCCGGUGCUCGAAAUUUUAAAGAAUGGUUUGCCUUUAUUGGUCAGCAAGCAGACCUUGGUGUUCCUGGUUCACCCUAUGCCAUUAACUUUCAGCCAAGUAUUCCUGAGUCAUCUGGAAUGGAACUUAUGAAUGUGUCCAUUUAUUCUUGUGGGGAUACUUCACUGGGCUGCUCUUGUGGAGAUUGUCCUUCAUCUCCCGUGUGUUCCAGUUCAGAACCUCCUUCUCCACACAAGAAGGAUGCUUGCUUGGUCAAAAUUGGGUCUUUUAAGGUCAGAUGCAUUGAAUUUUCACUAGCAAUCCUCUAUAUUAUUUUGGUUUCUGCAUUUUUUGGAUGGGGUUUGUUCCAUCGGACAAAAGAAAGGAGGAGAGCUGCAUCUACCAUGAAACCUUUGUUGGAAUAUAAGGAUGAAGGUGAAAUCAAUUAUGUCAAUGUGCAGAAGCAUGAUAUGAAGGUGCAUGAGAGGGUCCCUCAAAUGGCAGAUGAGGUCCAUCUUUCAGUUGUCCAAGGAUACAUGUCAAGUUUUUUCAGGAGAUAUGGAACAUGGGUUGCUAGAUAUCCUGCACUUGUGCUGUUCUCAUCGUUGGCAGUUGUUCUUGUACUUUGUUUAGGUUUAAUACGCUUCAAGGUGGAAACAAGGCCUGAGAAGCUGUGGGUAGGUCAUGGGAGUAAGGCAGCUGAAGAGAAGCAUUUUUUUGACAGCCACUUAGCUCCUUUUUACAGAAUUGAACAGCUCAUAUUGGCAACCAUGCCUGAUCCGAAGUAUGGCAAGUCACCCAGUAUAGUAACAGAGGACAAUAUCCAGUUACUCUUUGAAAUACAAAAGAAGGUUGAUGGAAUUCGGGCAAACUAUUCUGGAACUGUGGUAUCUCUGACUGACAUUUGCUUGAAGCCUCUUGGCCAGGACUGUGCCACUCAAAGUAUUUUACAGUAUUUCAAAAUGGAUCCUGAAAAUUUUGACAAUUAUGGGGGAGUGGAACAUGCUGAGUAUUGCUUUCAGCAUUACACUACUGCUGACACAUGUUUGAGCGCAUUUAAGGCUCCCCUUGAUCCAAGCACUGCGUUGGGGGGAUUUUCAGGAAAUAAUUAUUCUGAGGCAUCUGCAUUUAUCGUAACCUACCCAGUCAAUAAUGCAGUUGAUGAAGUGGGCAAUGAAAAUGAGAUGGCGGUGGCUUGGGAAAAGGCUUUCAUACAGUUAGUGAAGGAUGAACUGCUGCCAAUGGUACAGUCUACCAAUCUCACAAUUUCUUUUUCAUCUGAAAGCUCAAUUGAGGAAGAAUUGAAAAGAGAAAGUACUGCAGAUGUUAUAACUAUAUUAAUAAGCUAUCUUGUAAUGUUUGCUUACAUAUCGUUGACCUUGGGAGAUGCAACACAUUUGUCUACUUUCUACCUUUCGUCCAAGGUGUUACUUGGGCUUUCUGGAAUUAUCAUUGUCGUGCUUUCUGUCCUUGGAUCUGUAGGAGUUUUUAGUGCCAUUGGAGUAAAGUCUACAUUGAUCAUAAUGGAAGUCAUUCCGUUCCUAGUUUUGGCUGUUGGAGUGGAUAAUAUGUGCAUACUUGUACAUGCUGUAAAACGGCAGCCUUUGGAGUUGCCUCUAGAAGGGCGAAUAAGCAAUGCACUUGUUGAAGUUGGUCCUUCCAUAACACUAGCUAGUUUAUCUGAAGUUCUGGCUUUUGCUGUUGGAGGUUUCAUUUCUAUGCCGGCAUGUCGUGUCUUCUCCAUGUUUGCUGCAUUGGCGGUUCUGUUGGACUUCCUUCUGCAAGUUACUGCUUUUGUUGCCUUGAUAGUUUUUGAUUUACUGAGAGCCGAGGAUAACAGGGUUGACUGUUUUCCAUGCAUAAAAAUUCCUAAGUCUUCUGUGGAAUCUGAUGGAGGUGGCAUCAGCCACAGGAAUCCUGGUUUGCUGGCUCGAUAUAUGGAGGAAGUUCAUGCACGCAUUCUUGGUAUCUGGGGAGUCAAGAUAGUUGUUAUCGCUGUCUUUGUUGCGUUUUCCCUGGCGAGCAUUGCAUUGUGUACAAGGAUUGAACCUGGUUUGGAGCAACAGGUUGCUCUUCCCCGAGACUCAUAUCUGCAGGGAUAUUUCAAUAAUAUUACAGAGCAUCUCAGAGUAGGACCACCAUUAUAUUUUGUGGUUAAGGACUACAAUUACAGCUCAGAAUCAAGGCAUACAAACCAGUUAUGUUCUAUAAGCCAGUGUGAUUCAAACUCUCUUUUAAAUGAGAUUUCAAGAGCAUCUUUGGUACCUGAAUCAAGCUACAUCGCAAAGCCCGCAGCCUCGUGGCUUGAUGACUUUCUUGUAUGGAUAUCACCUGAGGCUUUUGGUUGCUGUCGGAAGUUUGUAAAUAGUAGUUAUUGUCCCCCUGAUGAUCAGCCGCCUUGCUGUUCACCUGAUGAAGGUUUCUGUGGCCUGGGAGGUCCAUGCAAAGAUUGUACAACUUGCUUCCGUCACUCAGAUUUGGACAAUGAUCGUCCAUCUACACUACAAUUCAGGGAGAAAUUGCCAUGGUUCCUCAAUGCAUUGCCCUCUGCUGACUGUGCGAAGGGUGGUCAUGGGGCUUACACAAACAGUGUGGAUCUGAAUGGUUAUGAAAGUGGUGUUAUACACGCAUCAGAGUUUCGUACAUAUCACACACCACUUAACAAACAAGGUGAUUAUGUUAGUUCAAUACGUGCUGCACGAGAGUUCAGCUCAAGAGUUUCUGAGGCCUUGAAGAUCCAUAUCUUUCCAUAUUCAGUGUUCUAUAUUUUUUUUGAGCAAUAUCUGGAUAUAUGGGAGACAGCUUUGAUCAACAUUGUUAUAGCACUUGGUGCUGUAUUCAUUGUUUGCCUGGUUAUGACAUCCAGUUUAUGGAGUUCAGCAAUCAUUAUACUUGUUUUGGCAAUGAUUGUUGUGGAUCUCAUGGGUGUAAUGGCAAUUCUGGAUAUCCAACUGAAUGCAGUCUCUGUGGUUAACCUUAUAAUGUCAAUUGGGAUUGCUGUUGAGUUUUGUGUGCAUAUAUCACAUGCCUUCUCGGUUAGCCAUGGAGAUAGGGGCCAACGGGCAAAGGAGGCUCUGCGUACCAUGGGGUCCUCUGUUUUCAGUGGAAUAACUCUUACAAAGCUAGUUGGAGUAAUUGUUCUUUUCUUCUCAAAAUCAGAAAUUUUUGUGGUUUAUUACUUCCAAAUGUAUCUUGCAUUGGUUCUUAUUGGGUUCUUGCAUGGACUCGUGUUUUUACCGGUGGUAUUGAGCAUGUUUGGGCCACCGUCAAGAUGUGUAUCUAUUGAGAAACAGCAAGAGGUUGAAGAUUUUGCUUCAUCGCACUUGAGCUAAUGGAUGAAAUCCGUCUGGAAAAGUGGUAUAGGUGUUGAAGGGUGCAGUUUUAAUAUGGUAUUAAUUCACAGUGCUGAAAAACGAAGCUGAAGCUGAAGCUGAAGCUGAAAUCAGAACAUCUGCCCUUUUUAAUUUUUACUGUAUAUUGGUUGUAUUUUGGAGUUAAAAUACAUCUCACAAUCAUUUACAUCAGAAUGUAUAAAUCAAUAUGUUUCAGUAAUAGAAAAUUUCUUUUUAUGUUGUACUAA